AUGUUAGAAGUUCGCAACUCACGUUUAGAACUGAUAUUUUUGGCCAGUCGAUGUGAGACCAAAUUGACCGGAAGAGACUUGUAUGAGAAGAUCAAGGGUUUGAAAUCGCUCAUGAUCAUUGGCAGAGAUAACACCUUCUCCAAGAUAUAUGGAGGGUACAAUCCCAAAUCCUGGAGCAUAACUACGGAUGAAUGUGAGGAAGUGGAAACAUACCAUAGUUUUAUCUUCUUGAUCGAUGCUGUGAAUUUGAAGGAUUACAAGAUCGCAAGACCGAUAAAUUAUGGAAGAUCUCUAACCAACAACCCAGAUUGGGGACCCGGGUUUGGAAACUCAGAUCUGCAAAUCACUUGUAUGAAUGAUAUGCUAACUAACCAAAUUAUGACCGACUUGUAUGAAAAAGUUACCAUCGGAAAGACUGUAAAAUUUAUCGAUCUUGUAAUCUACAUUCGAGAUAAUUCAAGCAAGGAAGAUGUGAAUGUGAGACCGUGGAAACAAGCUGGUCUCACAAAAAACUACGAACGUGUUUUGGAUCUUAUCGAUUGUAACUUGGAAGAGAAAGCGUUAAAACUUUACAAUCGCAUCCUCAUGAAUACAAACGUGACCAAGAAAGAGGCUUUUGAAGCUAAUGAUUUGCUAAAUUACAAUCUAGAUUGA